CAAUCCUGGACUUUGAACUGUGAACAUUUCAACCACAAAAAGAAAAACUUUUCACUUCAAACUCAUCAUUUGCAAGGGCAACAAGCAGAAGAAAGAAAAACUGAAGAUGUCUCACUAGAAAGAGAAUAUAAAUGCCAAACAAAGCCCUCUGGAUCCAGAUAAAAUGGAGAAUGAGGCAGAACAUGUAAAAAACAGAGAGACAGAUUCUACCUCCAGACCCUCCAGCAGGGAAAGCGAGAAGACGGUCUCCUCAGUAAUCGAUGAAAUAGCCAGCAUAAUUGUCUCAGAUAAACUGGAUCGGACUUCUUGCAAUAUUAACGAGUUGAUGCAGUCUAUCUCCUGGUGGGAGGCUGAAGAACGCUCUAAGUCAGAGACGAAUGAUAAUGAGGAUAAAUCCUCAGCGGAUUGUCGCAUCAACCAAAAGGUGAAGCGUCAUCUAAAAAGAUUUUUUGGCCUCCGCCAAAUAUUUGCAGAGCACAAAGGAGAGCCACUGAAAGACACAAAGGAAGACCUGGUCAUUGAGAUGGAUUCAACACAGGCACCAUCAGGACAAGAUGGACAUCAUGUACCCACAAAUGUCAGCACACAAAAGUUUUGUAAUUCUGACUGGACAGUUGAGAAAUCUGCAGGCACACAUGGCAGAAAUGUCAUUAAGAGGAUGAAGUCUACAUUGAAGCGCCACUUCAAAUUGAAAAAAAAGGCAGCAGAACAGAAUUUGGAUGGCUCUCCAUGUCCUGAAGACCUACGCUCUAACCAUCUGGAGGGGGAGCAUGAGGAUGUCACAGUAGAGGAGACCAUAAAUAUUUCCUCAACUUUGUCACUCACCGGCUCAUCCCAGCCAGAGGAGCAUUAUGAAGUGACAUCUGAAGUUAUGGAAGAAAAUCUUGUCACAGACAUAGUUUUAACACCAGGACGCUCAGAAGCAGAACAAAAAGAUGAGAUCGCCGGGUCAGCCAGCAGUAACUUGACAUCUAAAAACACUAAUCUGAGAGAGGCGCCUAUCUAUAUGGAGAUGGAUGCACCCUCAUGUCCUGAAGAGGCGUAUCCCACUGCCUCAAUAUGCUCCAAUGAGGACAUCAAGGCUGCUGAAGAAGCAGACCUGAACUCUGACCCUGUGGAACUGGUGGAUGUUAAGCAUGAGGACAUCACACCAGAGGCCAAAAAAGUUCCCUUAACUUUGUCCCCCACUGGCUCAUCUCGACCAGUGGAGCAUCAUGAAGUGAGGUCUGCAGUCAUAGAGGACGACCUUGUCACAAACUUAGAUUCACUACCAGGACCCUCAGGGCAGGAUGGACAUCUCGAACCUUCACAGGUCAACCUGGCAGCUGAGCACAAUGUGGAUGAAAUUAUCAUGACAGCCAGCAGUCACCUGAUGUCCAGUUGUGCGUCUCCUAAAGAGAUGUCUCCCACUGCCUCAAAACGCUCCAGUGAGGACAACAAGGCUGCAGAGGAAUCAGGCCUGACCUCUGUCCCUCUGAAACUGGUGGAUGUGGCAGAUAAGGAUGCCACACCAGGACCUUUCCUGGUCCUACCAGGAGCAGAACAUGCAGAUGAAGAAGUCAGGUCGGCCAGCAGUGAGUCGAGAUCUAAAGACACUAAUCUGACAAAACCAGGAUCUCCGUUUUCUGACAAAAAAGUCUGUGAGACUGUGACACAGAAGUCUUGUAAUUCCGUCAGGAUAGAUAAGAAAUCUGGAGGUGGACAUGAAAGCAAGAUCUUUAAUGAAUGGAAUACCUUCUUCAGAUCGAAACCAAGUGAAAAGGUCCAGCUGACAACAGGACAGGAUUUGGAUGAUGCUGUCGAGUUAGAAAGCAGUGACUCAAAAUCUGGCUCUCCUUGUCCUGAAGAGGCAUCUACCACUGCCUCAAUACGCUCCAGUGAGGACAACAAGGCUGCUGAGGAAUCAGGCCUGACCUCUGUCCCUCUGGAACUGGUGAAUGUGGCAGAUAAGGAUGUCACACCAGAGAGUGUCAUGGAUGAAUUGAUGAAGGACAACUUGGUCACAGACAUGGAUGUCACACCAGGACUUUUCCUGGUCCUACCAGGAGCAGAACAUGCAGAUGAGGUCGUCGGGUCAGCCAGCAGCAACUCGAGAUCUAUAGACACUAAUCUGACAAAACCAAGAUCUCCAUUUCCUGGAGAGGGGCCCUUCAUGGAGAUGGAUGCACCCUCCCAGGAAAACAACAAAGAUGUCCGUGUGACCAGUUUGACGGUCAGUACACAGACGUCUUGUGAUACUGUCAGGACAGAUGAGAAAUCUGCAGGUGGACGUGAAAGCAAGAUCUUUAAGAAGAUAAAGUCUGCAUGGAAUACCUUCUUCAGAUUGAAACCAAGUGAAAAGGUCCAGCUGACAACAGGACAGGAUUUGGAUGAUGCUGUUGAGUUACAAAGCUGUGACUCAAAAUCUGGCUCUCCAAGUCCAGAAGAGAUGUCUCCCACUGCCUCAAUACAUUCAUGUGAGGACAAUAAGGCUGCUGAGGAAUCAGACCUGACCUCUGUCCCUCUGGAACUGGUGGAUGUGGCAGAUAAGAAUGUCACACCACAAGAGAAAGAAGAUGUUGCCUCAAAACCAUCCACCCUCAGCUCAUUACCACCAGUAGAGCAUCGCAGAGAGAGUUUUUCAGUCACAGAGAAAGAACUGGUCAAGUACAGGGACUCAACCCCAGGACCUUCAGAACAGGACAGACAUCCUGAGGGUUUCCAAGAGGACAAUGGAGCAGCAGCAUUACCCCAGCUCAUUGGCCUGAAAAAUGUCUUCUACACCAUAAUCAAGGGAUUCUUUGACAGCCUUACUGACGAGGAGCGGAGAGAAAUAAGCAGAGGUGUUUAUAACACUGAUGUGAAGGACAAGCUGGCUCACAACUGUGCGGAGGUGCUGAGGCUCGUCAUAGAGACCAUCACUGAUAUUCUAUCACAAGCCAUGAAUCAAUUCGCUCACCCACACGCUACCUUGACCAGGGGGAGUCCCACCUCUUUCCAGGCAUGUGGGGCAGUUGGCCAGAACUUUGUUUUGACCGAGGACAACCUCCAGCAGAGUUUGAAAAACACUUUCGGCGAGGCUUACUGUGAAGUGAUUGGUACAGACACAUCUGUUAGCAUCACACCCAAAUUCACGGAGGCCAUUAUGAGAGCGAUCACUGAUGAGGUCAACUCGAUUCUGUCAGAAACCAUACAAGCCUCACUGAGUGGAGGAUCCUCUCAUGUCCGUUCUGAUACCUGCUGCAAGUUCUCAAGUUGCAGAGCAUGCAAAAAGAUGUUGGUAAUCCGGGCAAUAAAAUCCCUCCUUACACAAUUUGAGACACAGAAACAAUCAGAUUGUGAGAGUAAAGAUGACAGAUUGACUGAUGAACAUACCGCUAAAGUCCACGAGAAGAAGUCGCCGUGGUGGAGCUGUUUUCGUAAACUACUUAAGAAGAAGGUCCACCCGGUUUCAGAUGAACAAAUGGACGAGGCUGUCAGGUUGUCACCAAAUAAACUGUCAUCUGGACAUAGACUCUCCUCAUCUCCUCAAGCCACAUCCAGCACCUGCUCGAAGUGUUCCAGUAAACUGAACUCCACCCCUCUGGAGGUAGUUGAUUAUGUAACAGAGGAUGAGGAUUUCACAGCAGAAGAUACUGGAAACACCCCACCUUCAGACUUAAUCGGCUGGUUUCCAACAGCUUGCCUGGAGGAGACGGUUAUGACACCGAAACAUUCAGAUUGUGAGAGUAAAGACGACAAAUUGACGGAUGAACAUACCAUCAAAGUCCAUGAGAAUAAGUCGCCGUGGUGGAGCUGUUUUCGUAAACUACUGAAGAAGAAGGUCCACACGGUUUCAGAUGAACAAAUGGACGAGGCUGUCAGGUUGUCACCAAAUAAACUGUCAUCUGGACAUAGACUCUCUUCAUCUCCUCAAGCCACAUCCAGCAUCUGCUCAAAGCACUCCAGUGAGCAGAACUCCACCCCUCUGGAGGUAGUUGAUUAUGUAACAGAGGAUGAGGAUUUCACAGAAGAAGAUACUGGAAACACCCCACCUUCACACUCCAUCGGCUGGUUUCCAACAGCUUGCCUGGAGGAUGAGGUCAUUGUUUCAGAAAACCAAGAAAGCCCACCCCUAUCCACAACUCAGACCGAGGUGAGAAGUUCUUCUUGUCAUCAGUUUAGUGACUCUGGCGAUGUGAAAAGUGAUGUUGGGACAGAGCAGGGUGUCACGGCUGCUUCUGACACUGAAGCCAAUGAGACCCAGGCUGAGAAGAGCAACAGAAUCUGCCCAUAUUGCAAGCGCAAGAUGGACAAUGAUGAGAGGGCUUCAGCUCAGGAUCAGGCUGUCCACACCAAAAGGUCAUCUCUGCUGAAGAGAAUCUGGCUGUUCUGCUGCCGUCAGAACUGUGAUUCCUAUGAGUGACCUCCCCACUUAACUGACGACAAAUUCUACUCAAUUCCCUUUCCCUACUCCCCAUCCCUCUUUUUUCUUAAGUAAAUAAACUGAAAGUACAGUAA